GGCCCCGCCCCGCGGUGACGUCACGGCGCGGCGGCGGCGGCGGGCGCGCGCGGGGGCUGCCGGGACCGCCCCCCCCCCCCAUCCCCUCAUGAUCCUCGGGCGGAUGCGCGGGGCGGGCAUCGCCCGGGCGGUCAUGCAGGGACCAAGGCCAGUGGUUCUGAGUGGCCCCUCAGGCGCAGGGAAAAGCACUUUGUUAAAGAAAUUGUUCAAAGAUUAUGAGAACGUCUUCGGCUUCAGCGUCUCCCACACCACAAGGCAGCCGAGGCCUGGAGAAGUGAAUGGCAAAGAUUAUCACUUUGUGACCAGAGAGGAAAUGCAAAAAGAAAUUGAUGCUGGUGAAUUUAUCGAGCACGCUGAGUUCUCCGGGAAUAUGUACGGGACAAGCAAAGGCGCCGUGCAGGCCGUGCAGGCACAGAACCAGAUCUGUGUGCUCGACAUCGACAUCCAGGGCGUGAAGAACAUCAAGAAGACCGAGCUGAAGCCCAUCUACAUCUCAGUGCAGCCGCCCUCCAUCGAGAUCCUGGAGAAACGACUACGGGACCGCAAGACCGAGACAGAGGAGAGUUUACAGAAGCGUUUGAGUGCAGCCCGCGUGGACCUGGAGCUCAGUAAAGAGCCCGGGCUGUUCGACCUGGUCAUCAUUAAUGAUGAUUUAGAAAAGGCCUAUUCCGAAUUGAAGGAGGUGCUGCUGGAGGAAAUCAAGAAGACCCAGGAAUCCAGGAAGUCCUGAGCUGACCCUGCUUGGGCGUUUCAAUUUUGCACAUCAUUCCCGAAGCAUGUCACACGGUUUUAUUCCAGAAGACAUUCCCUGUAGGCUGCUCCUACCCCCAACUUACUCUAGGAUGUUUAUAUUAAAAGGAAAGAAAAGGAAA